AUGACUAGAAAAGACACAGAAACGGUAGCUAAUUGGCCAGUACCUACAUCAUCGAAAGACGUAGAAAGAUAUUUAGGAUUGGUCAACUAUCAUCGUUCCUUUGUAAAGAACUUUGCGGAACAAGCACAACCACUCUACAACUUAACAGGGAAAAAUCAGUUUAAGUGGGGCGAUAAGGAGAGAGCGUCAUUUGAGGCGUUGAAGAAAGCUUUAACUGAAACACCAGUUCUGGCUUUACCAAACAACAAGGAUCCAUUUAUCCUUGAUUGUGAUGCCUCAGACAAGGCUAUAGGUGCAGAACUUCUUCAAGUGCAAGAUGGAGUGGAAAAAGUAAUUGCUUAUAGCAGUUUCACAUUGACUCCAGAACAGAAAAACUGCUGCACCACCAGAAAAGAACUUUUAAGCAUUGUUAGGUUUACUAGACAGUUUAGACAUUACCUUCUAGGCAAAGUCUUCACAGUGAGAACAGAUCAUUCGAGCUUGACUUGGUUAUUAAGGUUCAAAGAACCGCAGGGUCAGCUGGCACGAUGGAUUGAGGAACUGUCUCAAUAUAACAUGGUUGUAAAACAUCGGCCUGGGGUUAAACACGGAAAUGCGGAUGCACUUUCAAGGAUUCCGGACACCUUGGUACCGUGUUCAGCAUAUAUAGCUGGCAUAAAGCCUGCAGAUUUGCCAUGUGGUGGCUGUCAUUACUGCAAACGAGCUCACAACCAGUGGGACCAAUUCACAAAACAAGUAGAUGAUGCGGUCAAACUGUCAAUGCAGGAAGGUCAGACAACCGUAAGGAAGAACAGCAAUGUUCAUUUAGGGGCAACUGUAGAGAUGAACAAGUCAACGCCAGAAGAGGUAGCAAUGGUAAAAGAUACUGUUAGUUCGAAGUAUAACAAUGCAGAGUUCAACAGUAAACCAGAGUUUAAACAGCCCUGGGAUCCUGAACGAUGUACAGGUCUUCUAGAUGGUACAUCUGACAGGGAAAGUACAAGUCUUUUAGACAGUACUAAAAACAGUGAAGAAACUAGUCUUCUAGACAGUAUUCUUACAGUAGACCUCAUGGGUCUUGGAGGAAGUGAAUCACAUUUCGAUAUCGUUACAAUAGGGGAUGAGUUGCAAACAGAACAGGCAAAAGAUAAAAAUUUGCGUAUCAUUAUCGACUGGUUGAAAAGACAGAAAGAACCGGAUGAAGGAAUUCUAUUCCUAUCCAGUCCAGAAGCAAAAUACUAUUGGCUUAAUAAAGAAGUAUUCCUGUUUAUUGAUGGUGUACUUUUUAAGAAGAAUCCAGAUGCAGAAGAUCUUCAGUUGGUAGUGCCAGAAAGUCUGAAAGAGCAGGCAUUGAUUUGGCAUCAUGAUAUACCUUCUUCAGGGCAUCAAGGGGUAGCUAGAACGAAAGCCAAGUUAAAGGAAAAAUUCUUCUGGGUCCGACUUUCAAAAGAUGUCGAAGCAUAUGUGUUAUCCUGUAAUGUUUGCAAUCGGAACAAGAAAACGAAACGCUAUGGUAGAGUUCCUUUGACAGAAUUCCAAGCGGGAGCACCUAUGGAACGUGUGCACAUAGACUUUAUGGGACCAUUACCAAAGACUACACACGGAAACGAACAUUGUUUGAUGAUGGUAGACCAGUUUACCAAGUGGGUUGAAUGUGUACCACAACCUUCACAGAGAGCUGAAGUUACUGCCAAGGCAGCCAUCGAUGAGUUCUUCAGUCGAUUCGGCUUUCCACUUCAGAUCCAUACAGACCAAGGGCGCAAUUUUGAUGGUAAAUUGAGACCUUGUGUAAAGCAUUACACAUUCAUAAAGCCAGGACAACGCCGUACAGACCGUCUUCGAAUGGACAAGUCGAAAGGUUUAACCGUACGGUGA